CUCGCCAGCGGAGGCGUGUUUGUCUGGCUCUUUACGCGGAAACGACGUAGCCUUUGUUUACAUCGCAGGAGUCUUCGCAUUUCGCUAACUCUUGCAUGGAUUAUACAUCACAUUUAUAACAAUAACAACAUAGCCACCUCACAGUUUUGUGACAAUGGGCGGCCAUGGGGUGAUGGCGAACGAGGAAUCGUUGGAUUACUCCGUGCACGAGGCGUGGAAUGAGGCCACAAAUGUAUAUUUACUCGUCAUUUUGGUUAGCUUCGGAUUGCUGAUGUAUGCUAGAAAAAAUAAGAGGAAAAUCAUGAGAAUAUUCGCCUUGCCCCCGACCGCCGGAGCCACGGCCGAACCCAACUUCUACGACAGUCUGCAGAAAGUUCGACUCCGUCAGCAGCUGGAGAUGUACUCACUUGGUAGGAUUUUCAAUAUCACGAGGAAGUACGACCAGCAGCAACAACAACAAGGCCAUAGUGAGAGUGUUCAGCUCUCUAUGGAAUGAGAACUGGACGACAUGGUAGCGUGAACCGACAUCCUGCCAGUCUGUUAAACCUUGCCAUUCUCUAUUUAACGCCCCGGCUUCCCUAAAUGUGAUCAGUUAUUACACUUCUCAAGAGGACGUGCAGACUAGGAGUAAGGAGCUGAGGGUCAAAGCAGGGCUCUAUGAUUGAGACAUGUCAAUUGAAAUUGUCUGUGUUUGUGUAGCUUUUGCUGUCCCCCUGAUGUAAGGGCUGUAUUGGCUCUUGAUAUGAAGAACUACGCAACUGGCUGUUACCAAUUCAGCAUCUGUUUAUUUUUUUUUGUAUAUGUCUGCUUCUGUUGUGGUCUUCAUUAGCUAGUUCUAAAUGUAUUAAAAUGCUUUUUUUGGAGUGCCACCCCACCUUGUUCUCAGAGAUCUACCAACUGAAUGGUCAACUGUAUGAACCUCUGCUGUGACCAACCUGAUUUGGUCAGUAGAGCUGACACUUAUUUCUUAAAAUUUAGUGUGCUGCAUUUGGUUUGAGAGAACCAACUGGAAGGUCGCUCUCCGUGAACAGGGUUGAGCAGCCCUGACUUAUUUAAGUAUUUUUGUAGAUUUGUCCCCUCAUAGUGGUUUUUAGGGGGACCUUUAAUGGAUUUGGUAUUGCAAUUCUUACUCAUAAUCUAAUAAGGGACCAUUUAAUCAAUCAUAUCAAUUAGUUUGGUUGGCAAGAACUGUUGUCUUUACAAAUUAGAUUUCUAACUUUUGUCUUUACAAAACAGCCUAAACAUGUUGAAAGGAUCAAAGUUGAAUUUUCACCACUUCAGUUACUGUUUCUAAAAAGGAAAUUAAUUUAUUUUACUUUUCUGGUUCAAAGUAAUAAAAGACCAAUGAACAAUA